ACAUCAUCAUCAUUGGCGCUAGUCACACCUCUUUCGUCUGCGCAACAAGUAUAGGCUAUGAUUCUGGCCGAAACUGCGGGCUGCAUGGCUGGACGACCCUCAAUCCUUCCACUUCCAUGCACCAUCGACGUAUGAAGCCUGCCAGUUGUACCCUGCUGUUCACAUGGGCCCUGCCCCUCAAAACUAGUCGAUUAUGGUAUACGGGGGCAAACCUAGUACAGGUUGCUACCUGUGUCGCAAACGGAAGAUAAAGUGUGACGAGGCGCAUCCUGGAUGCCGCAACUGCGCUGUCUACGGAGAAUCAUGCCCGGGGUACCGACCAGACACGAUCUUCAAGAUCGAGACGGGCCAGGUCAAAGGAAGUAGGAAGGGCAACAAGCCUUGUCCCGCCCAUGGUGUUCGAGAGAGAGUUCCCGAUGGUACCCAACGCAUGUCUUCUCUGUCCAUAUAUCAGAACCCUGAGUCGCCAUGGGAGGAACGGGCGGUAUGCUUGUUCUUUGACCAAUAUACUGCUUGUGACAAGCCUGAAGGUGGCAGUCACCUGGGAUUUAUCCCGAGGUUGUAUGCGGGCUGUCAUCGAGGGCCAGGCGCCGUGGAGCCAGCGUCUUCGUGUCUGCGUCUCGCGGUUGACGCUGCAGCCUUGCUCACCUUGGGUAAUCAGGUCAAGGCGCCCUCGCUGGUCACACAAGCGAGACACCGGGUUGCUCUGGCGGCGCAAAGACUGCGUCAGGCGUUGGACUCGCCGGUCCAACGGGUCAAGGACGAUACCUUUGCAGCCGUGGUCAUUCUCGCACUCUUUGAAGAUAUCUCAGGCGAGCGGAAUGGGCUUGCGAGCUCCCACACUGUGGGCUUUGAAGCCCUUAUGAAGCUGAGGGGCGAGAGUCUACUCAACGAGCAGGGGUUAGAUAUGUUUAAGUUUGCAUAUGUUCACACGCGCAUUGAAGCUUUACUUUUGCGGCAGAAGCCACGCUUCAGUACUCAUGAUCUCGUCAUGCGUCUCGAUCCUGCCGAUCCUUUACAACGGCUGAUAAUGGUGGUGAACGAGCUUGAUCCAAUGUCCCUCGAGAAUCCCUUGACUUCAGACACCACCGAUCCUGGAGUCAUCACCACCCUUGCCUCCAGGAUAGAGAUUUAUAGGGCCCUGGACUCCGAAUUGGCGGAGUGGAGUCGAAGCCUGCCGACCAGCUGGCUCCCCUACGCUUGCCGAUCGCAUACCGGCGAGGAUGUCUUGACCUACCAAGGGCAAUUCUCGGCGUCGAUCUGGUCCUACUAUCAUGCCCUUCGCAUAUUGCUGCAGGUAACGAUCCUCGAAUUCGUCCAGACGUUGACCUCGCUUGUGCCUUCGAGCGGCAUCCAGCGAGAAGCCGUCCGACAGGAAGCCGAGGGAUCACGGUUGAUCCGAAGCUUAAUCGGCGAUACGUGCCGUGCGAUCCCGUUCUCGUUCGGGGCGAUCGAUCAGCUGGGCAACCCAUUGGCUUCGCAGGGGGCAUCGCAGAUUCGGGCCUUCGACGUCUACCAUAUGAUGUGGCCUCUGUGGUAUAUCUUGACGUGCGGACAUGCGACGCCAGCCCAGGCCCAGCAGAUCCGGCGGGCGCUGGCGGAAAAGGGUUCCGAGGUCGGGAUCAAGUUGGCCCUUGUACUUGCUGGUGAGGGGGCUCAAGGCAUGAUGCCUUUGAUGUUGGGAUCUUUUGCGCCGAGUAGUGGGCCGCGCCUUGCUCUGGAGUAUUCGUGAAGGACUGAUGGUCAAUCCUUCCAAUUGGAUUUACUAGAAUUGUAGGGAUGAAGUUUUGUAUACUUCUUCUGCCAGAGUGGCUGCUGGAUGUACAAAUAGCUUGUGAUGUAUUAACUCUCCUCUCAGAUCAAGGUGUAUCAAUGAUUAUAUCCAAC